AUUAUACCAGCAGGCAGCAGAGUUUCUACCCCCGCCUCUGCUCGCCGGCUCGAGUCUUGGUCGUACUGCGUCGCUCCCUCCUACCGCCGUCAUGUCGCAUACGUCGCCCGCAACGUACCUGGUGUGGUCCAUUUUGUCAUGCUUGUUAGGAGCAUUUCUUGUCUUCCAUCUCUGGUCCUUUGAUCGAUUCAAAUGCCUAAAAUGGAACAGCGGGCCAUAUUCCGGCGCGUUCAAGCGCGUCAUGACGUACACAUACUUAUUGAGUGUACCAAUGGUGACAAUGUACUCCCUCGGCUUCUGCAUCAUCAAGUACAGAGAAGGAUACACGUUCAUGCCUGAUCAUGGAAUCGUGCCCACGCCCUACCAGAUGUGGCCUCAAUCCGAGCAGGCAGCAAUAUUCCCGUUAACUCUGUUAUUUGCCAUAGCGUGGAGCUUUGAGAUGGUGACGCACUUGGAAGAGCUCUGCUUCUGGCUCUUCCUCGUGAACGCUAGUACGACGCAGCAAGACUGGUUCCGCAGCUACUACUUCCGCACAUGGACGGUCGGCUCCGUCGUAGCGGUGGUGUACAUGCCGCUGGUGACGAUUUUUACUCGCGGAGACAAGCUCAGGUGCGAAGCCUUUACGUUCCUGGCGGGUAGUCUGGGCAGUCUUUCCUUGACUCUGUGGUUUAUGCCUAUUCUUUGGACGUUCCCUUCAUUUUUGCAAAAUUUGCGUAAUGAGGGCGCCGACAUGAACACCAUCGCUCGUUUAACAAAAUUCCACGAACUAAACACACUCCGAGUGAUCUUCCGCUUCAUCUUUGUCGUGCCCCUCCUGCUCCUCGGCGUCGACGGCAUCCGCCCACAUCAGCAUCUGAACGAGAGCAUGGCUGUCACUGACGUCCUGGCUAUGCUCGCCGCGAUUGGGUGCAUGAUCUCGUCUGCCAUGACGCUCGUUAUCUUCUUCCCCCGCCAAAUCCAAACCGAGAUCCAAGUCAAAGAAGCCAAGAAAACCGCCCGCACCGCGCGCUCGCACGCGCGCACGCAUUCCCAUUCCCACUCUCACUCGCACUCCGACUCGCACUCGCACUCGGGCGGCAAGGCGACGUACCUGCUCGAGCAGAACGUGUACGAGCUGCAGCACCCGAACCCGUGGGACGCGGGCGACGAGCAGAAGCUGCCGCCGCUCUCGCCGAACCGGCGCCAGCCCGACGACGUCGAGAUGGCGGUCAAGGGCGGGCGCCUGAGCGAGCGCAAUCUGAGGAAGCAUGAUCAGAGGAUGUCGAAGUAUAAUAGGCUGGUGCAUAAUUAUACGUCGCCGAUUGAUCUGAUGAGCUAAGCGUGCGAUGCGCGAUGGCGACCAGACUGAGAGCGUUUCUUGUACGAUAUAUACUGACUACCCCGCUUGGCAUAAUACCAUCACUAUCGUUUGCCUUCCGUGUAUACCGCUGUCGAUGCUUUCGAAUGUGUAUGUGUAUUCUACGAG